AACUGGCUCGCAUAUUCUAGUGUAAAAUGGCAGAGGAACUGUGCUGUUCAUUGAUGCUUUUAUUUUCUUUACACAUUGCGUUACGGACGACGUUGUGAUGGUUCAUCUUUACCACUGCCGGCUUUUCUGCUAUACUCUCUCCGGCUUUCCAUAUUAACAUAUACCAUCUGACGGACAACGCGUUUGGCCGUGAGGUGGUAAAAGUAAUACGGUUACAUCCUAAGGAUUUCUUUUGACUGAACGAAUUAUAUUUUGGGGUUAAUGAUGAUGAUGGAGGACGAUGAAUUGGAGACGCAUCAGGUUGAAAUCGAUCCUGAUUUCGAACCACAGAGCCGACCCCGCUCGUGCACCUGGCCGCUGCCGUGUCCUGAAGAUUUCCCCGGACCGGAGGUUAACGGAGGUCUGCCGCUCAAUACCAUAAAGGUGGAACCGGAUAGCGUGCCUUGUUGUAGAGCGGGGAAAAGGGGUGUUGCGCCCACCGAUAUGAAACACUCAGCGGGGGCCUCGGCUCCUACCGCACCAGCCCUCCCCUGCAUGGCAGGAGCCGCUCUCGACGCUGCCGGCCAGCUCCGCAAGGCGAAAUCGUCCCGGCGAAACGCAUGGGGCAAUCAGUCCUACGCGGACCUCAUUACCCGAGCUAUCGAGAGCACAACGGAUAAAAGACUCACGCUGUCUCAGAUCUACGACUGGAUGGUCCGUUACGUCCCGUAUUUCAAAGAUAAAGGCGACAGUAACAGCUCCGCUGGCUGGAAGAAUUCGAUCCGGCACAACCUGUCGCUGCACACGCGCUUCAUACGCGUGCAGAACGAGGGCACGGGCAAGAGCUCGUGGUGGAUGCUGAACCCCGACGGGGGCAAAGCGGGCAAGGCCCCCCGGCGCCGCGCCGUCUCCAUGGACAACAGCACCAAGUACCUCAAGAGCAAGGGCCGCGUCAGCCGCAAGCAGAAGAUGCUGGCCCGGGGAGCGGGUCAGGGAGCGGGACCCGGGGCCAUGGGUCCGGUCAACCGGGUCGGCCUGCACGGCUCCCCCGAGCAGGGCGGCUCCCCGACGGGGCCUCCGCUGGUGGGGUCGGGGGGGACCGGCGGAGGCGGGGUGGUGGAGGAGUUCGACUCCUGGACGGAGCUCCACUCGCGGGCCAGCUCGUCCGGCUCCACGCUGAGCGGCCGGCUGUCGCCCAUCCUGGCCGAGGGCGAGCUGGACGAGGCCGAGGACGGCGGCCGCCUGUCCUGCUCGGCGUCCCCGCGCCUCUACCCCAGCCCCGGCGCUGCCGCCGCCUCCGCUGCCACCGCCCGCUGCUCCCCGGCCCUGGCCACCGCCACCGGCGCCCACUGCCCCAGCCUGGAGCUCCCGCAGCUGGCCGACCUGACGGGCGCCAUCAGCCUGGACGAGGGCUACCACCACGCCGCUCACCCGCCCGCUCACCAGCCCGGCCGGCACAAGCACCAGGGCUACCACUACGGCUCCGUGGUCAAGGCCCAGGGCUCGUGCCGCGGCGGCCCCGUCUACGUGCAGCCCGGCGGGGGCAUGCUCCGGCUGCACUCCCCCAUGCAGACCAUCCAGGAGAACAAGCCGGCCAGCUUCUCCGAGAGCCUCCGAGAGCAGCAGCAGCAGGUGUACUCGGGCACCAACGCCUUGCAGAGCCUGCUCACCUCCGCCGCGGCCGUGCCGCCCUACUGCGCCAAGGACAUGCUGCUCGGACAGGAGCGGGACGGGCACGCCAUGAUGGUGACCUCGCCGGCUAGCCACCACCACGCCCACAACGGCGUCCACGGGCACGGCCACGGGCUCAACGGCACACAGCACCCCCACAACGCCACGCACGCACACACUGGCACGCCAGGCGGGCACGGCACCGCGGGGCAGCACACGGGCGCCAGCCACCACUCGCCGCACAGCCACGCGUUGAGCCGCGGGCAGAGCCACCGCGCCCGCUCAGCGGGGGUCGCCGGCCCUGGCAGAGCCCACCUGCAGCCUUACGGGCACAACCCCAAAGCCCCGUACAUGUACAGCCCUCCUGCCCACGCGCACCUGCCCGCCUCCACCACCCUGCCCCCCAACCCCGCCAACGCCCAGGGUGCCCCUCAGGACACCUGCCACCUGGCCACCACCCCCAACCCCUACCCACGCCACCCCAGCAACCCCUACCACCACCACAGCCCCAUGGGCGACGGACCGUACCAUCACACGCAGGGGAUGGGGGGAGGAGGAGGCGGCGGCGGUGGCGGUGCGGGCAGCGGAGGCGGGGGUUUCCAUGGCUACCAGCAGCACCAUCAGCACCCCCACCUCCCCGCCCUCCACGCUCACGCCCAGGAGCGCCUGCCGGCCGACCUGGACCUGGACAUCUUCCACGGCAGCCUGGACUGCGACGUGGACUCCAUCCUGCUGCAGGACAUCAUGGACUCCUCCGAGGAGAUGGACUUCAACUUUGACUGCUCGCUGGCACAGGGUGUGGGCAUGGGUAUGGGUAUGGGCAUGGGGAUGGGUAUGGGUAUGGGUAUGGGGAUGGGCAUGGGGAUGGGUAUGGGCAUUGGGGUGGGUAUGGGUGGCCUCGGGGGGCCUCAGCAGAGCCACGGCAACCAGAGCUGGGUGCCCGGCUGA